CUCUUCUUCUAUAAUUACGGAGGGGGAGCUUCACUCCUCUGGGCACACAUCAGACCCUUCCUAACCAAUUCGGGGAUCAACGAUGCCGUCGGGCGAGAUCUUUGUCGUCACCGCCUACGGUCAGGGCCACGUCCAACCCUGCUUGGAGCUCUGCAGGCACCUCAUCUCCCGCGAUUACCACGCCACCCUCGUCGUCUCCUCCAACCUCUUCUCCACCAUCCCUUCCUCUUUCUCCUCCCAUCCCCUCGUCUCCGUCGCCCAGAUCUCCUCCCCACCUAUGGGCCCCCCCGACCCCUCCGCCCCCCAGCAGGCCAACCAAGAACUCCUCGCCCACCUCUCGGCCCGGUCCAGUGACCCGGAGUCGCCCCGUGCCCUCUGCGCCAUCGUCGACUUCCCGAUGGGCUGGACCAAGGAAUCCUUCUUGAAGUACGGGAUCCCGGUCGUCGGGUUCUUCACCUUCGGGGCGUGCGCGGCCGCCAUGGAGUGGGGCGCUUGGAAGGCCCAGGCCGGCGAUCUCCGACCCGGAGAAUCCCGUUCCAUCCCGGGUUUAUCGGAGGAGAUGGCGAUCACUUACUGGGAUCUGAAGCGCAAGCCAGGAGGUCCACCCCGAGGUGGUGGGGGAGGCCCGAAGCCGCCUGGUGGAGGCGGAGGCGGAGGCGGAGGACCUGUGCCCGGGGUUAGGCCUCCAUGGGUCCCACAGGUGGAGGGCUCGGUCGCGCUGAUGUUCAACACUUGCGACAUCCUGGAGCGGCCAUUCCUGGAGUACAUGGAGGCCCAGAUGGGGAUACCCGCGUGGGGCGUGGGCCCGCUGCUGCCGGAGCAGUUCUGGAAGAGCUCUGAUACGCUCGUCCGAGACCGCGAGAUCAGGCAGCACUCCCGCCCGUCUAACUACAGUGAGGAGGAGGUGAUCCAGUGGCUGGAUAGCAAGCCGAGCGGAUCGGUCCUCUAUGUGGCCUUCGGGAGCGAGCUGACCCCCUCGAUGGAGGAGUAUCCCGAGCUGGCGGGCGCUCUGGAGGAGUCAGGCCAGCCAUUCAUCUGGGCUGUCCAGUCCAAGUCCGGCACGUCGGGGUACUUUCCCCAUGGGCUGGAUACCAAGGUGGGGGACCGGGGCCUGGUGAUAAGCGGAUGGGCCCCACAGCUGCUGAUACUGAGCCACCAAUCGACCGGAGGAUUCCUAUCGCACUGCGGGUGGAACUCGACCGCAGAGGCACUAGGGCGGGGGGUCCCAAUCCUGGCCUGGCCAAUAAGGGGCGAUCAGCACUUCAAUGCGAAGCUCGUGGUAAAUCACCUGAAGGUCGGGUAUCGGGUGGCGAAUGACCUAUCAGAAAUCGUGAGGAAAGAUGACAUAGCGAAGGGGAUCGAGAGGCUGAUGGGGGAUGGAGAGAUUCAUCGGAGGGCAGCUCAGCUCAAGGCUAGUUUCAGGAGUGGAUUCCCUGCAAGUUCAAUGGCCGCUCUGGAUGCAUUUGGGGAAUUCAUUGUUUCUCAGAAAAUGGAUAAGCAUUAUUAAUCUGUAGACGAUAAGAGAUAUAUGAGGAUUGUAUGUAUAAGUAAUAUUCGAGUGUUGUAAGUUAAUGGAGGUUUGGAAUCGUUGAUGAGACCUUUGUCGUAAGUCGACAUGUUCCUUGAUCACGGACGGUCGUGAGAAUUGUACCCCCAAGAGACCAUAGUGACUGUGUAUACGCUGAGAUUUAUAUUCUAAGAAUGGUGCUCGAGGAGCUAGUCAAGUAUAAGGAAUUCUCGA